AAGUUCAUAGCUGGGAAGCCGUGCUGGAGAACCAACCCACGACUUGAGAGCGAAAUAUGGAUGAAAAUGAAGAUUUUACAUUUUCUUUACUAGACUGCAAGGCUGCAUACGUACUCAGCAAUGUUGCCGAGGUGGUUGAGCGGAUUCUGAUGUUCGUACCAACCAAGUCGCUUCUCCGGAUCGCAAGUGUCUGCAGACUGUGGAGAAACUGUGCCCGGAGAGUGUUGAGGACUCAGCAGCAGCUCACCUGGGUGUCGGCCUGUGGACCGUCAAACACAGAGGCACAUGUCCUCUGCAACAUCCUGGCAGAGGAGGUGGAGAAAGUGUUUCUCCUGCCCAAAACAGUUCUGGCAUUGGUAGACUGUGAGGCCUACAAUGGACAAGCUUACUGCUACAGACAGAAUAAAGCAAAAAGGAGUCGCCACAGUCCAGACGCAGCUGAAGAAAUGAACUUGCUCUUCCCAAAAGGCUGUGACAUCAUGGGCGUCUCCGCACCAGGCAUAGUCUUGACUCCUACUGGCUCUUACUCCAGCCUUCCUCAGGAGUACCAGGAGGGGGAGGCGGGCUUUGCAAUCAUGCUCCCCAGCAUAGAAGGUGUCCACAUCAAGCCCUUUCAUUUUUGCAAGAAGUCCAUCUCCCCAACAGCUCUGAAGGAAGCAGGACUAGUUGACAACCCAGAGCUGCGUGUGGUGCUGUUGUUUGUUUAUGAGGCAUAUAAACCUGGAGGAGCACGCUUCCUCAGUCAGAUACUGGAGCCACUGGCUAAGAGCAAAGCUCUUAUCGCCGGAGGGCUGGUAGAAAGUGUCUUCUGUCCUCCCAGACACUGCUGUAGCCAGGGUGCAUACGGUGUGGUGGGCCUGGCCCUGAGUGGUCCUAAGGUGCAGGGGGCGUCUGUGCUCUUGGACCAAGACAUCAGCAACCCGAAGGCAGCUGAAGCCACAAUCCGGCGGCUAAAGGCAGCCAAAAUCCCCGAGAGGAACACCCUAGGCUUCAUGUUUGCCUGUGUGGGGAGAGGCCAGAACUACUACAACAACCAGGCCAACGUCGAGGCCGACGCCUUCCACAAGGUGUUCCCCAACACCCCGCUCUUCGGCCUGUUCGGCAACGGUGAGAUCGGCUGCGACAGGAUCGUUAAAGGCGACUACACGCUGUGUGACACUGACACGGACAGUCUGCAGCACGAGUACACUACAGUCAUGACCCUGGUCCAUCUAGGCUGACUGACUGACCAACAGUGACAAUGGACAACCGGGAGACCAAGACGGCCCAUCAUGCUGUUUGCAACAGUGGUCGGGAACAAGACACAUUCUGUACAGAGUCUUACUCAGAAUAUUGCUGUCGCCAUUUCUGCUCAUAAAGCAGGAAAAUGAUCCCUUUAGCCAUCAAUGUAAUGGCAUCAUGUGGGAGAAUGUGCCCCUCUGAGACUUCAUAUUAAAACUAGUGACUUUCACAUGUUUCAGAUAUAAAAAGACAAACUGAUUAUCUUUUAGUAGUCACAUGUGAUAGAGCACUCUUGUAAAAUAUAUUUGUAUAUAUUUUUUUCCUUAAAUUUCGCACACAUUUAAGGCAUAUCUUCCCCUCUUUGCAGGUGAGUAAAAAAUAUACUCUCCUGUGUCCCACAAGCUAUUGUUAAAGUUGUUGAUUCAGCGCAGGCACUUUUUUAUUCAUGUACGUGAGAGGAGUGUGCUCCCUCUUCCACACAACCAAGGCAAUUUUGAUUUGAAUGCUCUUCAUUGUUAGGCAGGUUUUACACUUUUGUCUCAUCAGUGGGGGGACAAAAAAUGGGAUAGCCUAACAAAUUAUUACUCAAGUUAUGUAUCUUCCAAAGUUCAAUUAGGGAAAGGGAGAAUCUUAUAGUGCCUCUUUUUCAGUUAAUAUCUUCCAGCUGGUAAUGGUUGGGCUUAAUGGUUACUUACUUACACAAAUGUAAAACAGAAGAGAGCAGGGCAGAAUGGCUGUACUGUUGGCCAUGAAAGUGACCCGAGAGUGGCAGUAACUCUGUUUCAUCUCACUUUAGUUUCGGCUCUUCUAUAAUUUAGGUAAAAGUUUUUUGAAAAUUAAAGAUAUACUAUCCGAGGUACGAAAAACAUGAUGCAAUUGGCAAAUAUUAUGAUGUAUUUGGUAUCCUUUGUUCAAGUAAUAAGUAGUAAAGGAAAGAUGUUUAAAAUCAGAUAGUAUAGUCUGAGAUUAACUACCUAGCUGAAUGUUUGGGGAGGGAAAAGCUCCUAAUUUGACAGAUGCCUUUACACAACAGAAUAUCUGUCUCUCUCAAAAUCCAUUAAUGCUUUAUUAAUGUAUUAUUCUCUAGAUGGCCCUUUCAUUUUCCUUACUAAAAAGAAUAUUCUGAUGACAUGAAGGUGCAAUUUUCUAGUAUGUAUAUGUUUGUUCAGGUAGUUCUAUGUUGAUGUUCAGCCUCUCUGUAAAAGCUGUUGCAAGAAUGAAAAAUUCCAAUAUUUUACUUUUUAAAAUACAUAAUUACAAGUCCUUCUUUGUAUCAUAAUACAUCUGUCCGUGAAGAGGAAAUUAAAAAAUGUAUUUCAAAUUAGUGUUUAUGGCUCUUUGAACAAAGUUGUUUUGGUGUAGUUGCACUUUUCUACAUGUGCCAAAUCAUGUGCUCAUCUCUUUCAAUAAAUUACAUUCAUUACAUA